GAAAACGGAGUCGACGGCAAAGACAGUCGUCGAUUAGGGUUUUCACAACACCCUUUUGUCACUUCGCUUCUGAGUAGACGGUCUUUCUUUCUCGCCCUCGAGCGUUGCGGAUCUCUCACUCUCUUCCACUUCUCGAGCUCGAAGACCAGGGUUUUCAAUUUCGUCGUCAAGAUGGGUCGCGUCAGAACCAAGACAGUGAAGAAGGCCUCUCGUGUUAUCAUCGAGAGGUACUACUCGCGUAUGACGUUGGACUUUCAAACCAACAAGAAGAUCGCCGAGGAGGUUUCUAUUAUUCCUUCCAAGCGUCUUCGUAACAAGAUUGCUGGAUUUGCCACUCACUUGAUGAAGCGUAUCCAAAGAGGUCCAGUUCGUGGUAUCUCUUUGAAGCUUCAAGAGGAGGAGCGUGAGAGGCGUAUGGACUUCGUGCCAGAGGAGUCUGCGAUCAAGACCGACGUCAUUGAGGUCGACAGGGAAACCAUUGAGCUCCUGGCGUCUUUGAACAUGCAACAACUACCAGGAGUUGUACAACAGGCUACCCCACCAACUGGAGGCGCUUUCUUCAACCAGGGUGGUGGUUUCCAGGCCGGAGGAUUCGGUGGAAACAGGAACAGAACCUAGGAACAGAACAGGAAGGUGGAAGUGGCUGCGUUCGGGGAAUAGAUCGUUCUGAUAGUCGGACUGUAGUACCUGAAGACAAAUUGAUACGCUACGCAUACAACCCCCAAAUUGUGAGAAGGAAUCGGCAAUUUUAUGGAAUGUCGCUCCUAAUGUGUCAUUGUCGAUCUGGGAAAUGUAUACAAUGAUUGGUUAAUCAAAAGUGUUUUUUAUCCAUUACAGUUUGUCAACAAUCAACCUUUGUAACGAUUGGUGCAGGCAUUCUUCCUUUGGCCAGACUUUCUGUAGGCAUAAGGAGGUACUUUUGAAACGAAGACUGUCAAUGAGUAUGAGAGGAAUUUCAAAGGAAGUUAAAUUUAAUAAGGAGGUAAUUUGUACGACUUUCGGAGUGCCGCUAUCAGAA